GACGGCGCCGUGAGCCUGGAGCCGGCUGCAGGCAGCGGUAAAUUGGAGCAUUCAUACUCUUCAGAAAUGGAGAUUAUUGAAUCAUUGGGGAUUAUAAUUUAUAAAGCUUUGGACUAUGGUUUGAAGGAGAAUGAAGAACGAGAGCUCAGUCCUCCAUUGGAGCGGCUUAUUGAUCAUAUGACCAACACAGUGGAAGCAGAUGGGGGUAAAGAUGAAGGCUAUGAGGCUCUGGAUGAAGGGGUGGAGGAAGAUGAUGAAGAUGAAAAAGAGGAGGUUGAGGUCAUUCACUCCUAUAAAGAUGUCAUGAAGUUGUGUGCUGCCCACCUACCAACACGAUCAGAGGCACCAAACCACUAUCAGGCAGUAUGUCGAGCAUUGUUUGCUGAAACAAUGGAAUUGUACACGUUCCUAGCAAAAAUUAAAAGUGCAAAAGAGAAUCUGAAGAAGAUUCAGGAGAUGGACAAAGAAAGGAGUGAUGAAUCCAGCACAGACCUUGAUGAGUUGAAAAAUGCUGAUUGGGCUCGUUUUUGGGUACAGGUGAUGCGAGAUUUGCGGAAUGGUGUAAAACUUAAAAAGGUUCAAGAGCGUCAGUACAACCCUCUCCCAAUAGAAUAUCAGCUCACACCCUACGAGAUGCUGAUGGAUGAUAUUAGAUCUAAGCGCUACACCUUAAGGAAGGUUAUGGUCAACGGUGAUAUUCCACCUCGAUUAAAAAAGAGCGCUCAUGAAAUAAUCCUGGAUUUUAUCCGAUCACGACCUCCAUUAAACCCUGCAUCUGCAAGAAAACUGAAACCAACCCCACCUCGACCACGCAGUCUCCAUGAAAGGAUAUUGGACGAAAUCAAGGCAGAAAGAAAGCUGCGUCCUGUCUCACCAGAUGAGGUCAGGCGUAGCAGGCUAGAUGUAUCCACUCCAGAGUCUUCAAGAAAAUUAGCAGAUAGCUCCAUAGUGAAUGGUGGCUUGACACCCCAAGGAAAGCUGAAAGGUCUUGGCACUACCCAAGUGACAGGACAGCGAAAGAGACUCCUUAAAGCCCCUACCUUAGCUGAACUGGACAGUUCAGAUUCAGAGGAGGAAUCUAUGCACAAAUCAGCAAGCAGCAGCAGUGCGUCUCCCACACAAUUGGAAGAUGCUUCUCAAGAGAGCAGAAGGAUGCCUCCGAAGUUCUUGCCAAUAUCGUCUACACCUCAGCCAGAGAGGCGGCAACCUCCUCAGAGACGACACUCAAUUGAAAAGGAAACUCCAACUAAUGUGAGACAAUUCCUGCCACCUUCUAAACAGAGCUCAAGAUCACUUGAGGAAUUUUGUUACCCAGUGGAAUGCCUAGCUCUGACUGUGGAAGAAGUCAUGCAUAUCCGUCAGGUACUAGUGAAGGCAGAGUUGGAAAAGUACCAGCAGUAUAAAGAUAUCUACACUGCCCUUAAGAAAGGAAAGCUCUGUUUCUGUUGUCGAACAAGGAGGUUUUCUUUCUUCACAUGGUCAUAUACCUGUCAGUUCUGUAAGAGGCCUGUAUGUUCCCAAUGUUGCAAAAAAAUGCGAUUGCCAUCAAAGCCAUAUUCCACCCUUCCUAUCUUUUCUCUUGGACCUUCUGCCUUGCAGAAAGGAGAAAGUUUUAUGAGACCUGAAAAACCAUCUACCAGCCAUCACCGGUCACUGAGGAGUAUGCCCAGGUUGCCCUCAAGGUCCAAGUCUGUGGAUAAGUCAAACGAAGAGCUACAGUUUCCCAAGGAGUUAAUGGAGGACUGGAGCACCAUGGAGGUGUGUGUGGACUGCAAAAAGUUUAUUUCAGAAAUCAUCAAUUCAAGUCGACGCAGCCUCUCUCUGGCCAACAAGCGAGCCAGGUUAAAAAGGAAAACACAGUCAUUCUACAUGUCAUCCCCAGGAACCUCUGAAUACUGCCCUUCUGAGAGAACUAUCAAUGAGAUCUGAACCCUGUGCCUUUUUCUUUUUGUCUUCUUGAGGUCCACAUCUGUGAGAGAUCAACUGAUUUUCUUUCUCUUUGUUUUACUUACUGGGCUUAAAUUUGCAUUAGGUGGCAGAGUUUGUUAGUUCACGGUUUCCAGAGAUGCUGAAUAAUACAUUCGUGUUUCUGCAAGAUGGCAACAGGUCAGCCAAUAAUUCAUAUGCACUGGAGGAAAAUAAUAGUUUGAAAUUGUUGCCUCUAUGUGCUUGGAAGCUAGAAAGUCUUUAGUUGCCUUCAGGUUUUUUUUAACCAAUGUUUGAAUCAUUUUUAGGAGAGGCGCUGAAAUGUAUGCCUACUGGAGAGCCAAAUCUAGCCAAGGUGUCAAUGUUAGCACAGUUUAAGCAGUAAGUCAUAUUGGCAUUAUCAACCGAAUAGUGUUCAUGUUCUAGUUUAUAUGGCACACACAGCCAUGUACACUACACCAAAUGCCUAGCAUGGGCUGUGUAGCUCAUAUGGUCUCUUAGCACAAAACCAAGAACAAUUCAUGAAGGGUUUAAAGUGAUCUUUCUUUCAGCUCUGAGAUCAUGGUUCAGCAUGGGACUUUAUCUGUGUUCCAGUGCAAAAUUGGUUUAUGCCCAAAGGGGUGGUCAUUUUCCCUGAGCUGCUGUACUUCUAAGCCCUGGCAUACUUGUAAGCAUCUCCUGUGCAGGUCUUAGUAGUUUACUUCUUAUCUUGAAUGUAUUAUGAUUAUUGAUGGUAGCAGUAGUAAUAGUAAUACUUUUAGUAGUAGAUAGAGCUGUAGACUUUAUGGGAAGGGUGGGGAAUAAGUGGGGCUUCUAAUUUUAACUGAGUUCCUGUAAGUAUGUAACAUGGUUACCCAGCAAGAAGUGUGGGUAAUGUGUAUAUUUGUAUUAUAGUGGAAUACAAGUACUACUAUAAUUAUGCACCUGAGAUCGUAUCCAUUAUAAACCCCAUUUUUUCUGGGGUUUAUAACUUGGCUGUAAAAAUUGGUAUCCUGCUGAAAUUUGGGACAACUGGGUCUCAGAUUGGGAAGUGCUUCAUUUUUUCUUUUACUUUUUAACACACUUACAAAAAAGCCAUCCUGGCUGUUUAAAAAAAUUCCAUUAAUGUUACAAUGUUAGUUAACAUCACAUGCUUUUUUGCACUUUUUAUAUGUUUGGAACGUUGUUUUGUUUUGUUUUGCUUUUUUUAAAUUAAAACAAAAGCAGAGCUUAGGCCAUCAUCUGGAGCUGGGUCAUUUUGGUAUUUAGAAAACAAAAUUAACAUAGCCAAGUUACUAAUACUUGAAAAUCAGCUACUGUAUAUACAGUAACUUUUUCAUACAUUUUAAUACCCAGAACCAUAUUUAAUAUCUAUACAGCACUGUAUUAUAGAGUGAUAACAUAAAAGUUUGAUCUAUUUAUUAACAUUUCUAUACUACAGAUUGAUGAGAGAUACCUCAGAACUGCUCCAAAGUAGCUUAUGUAAUGUAACCAAGGUCCAUUUUUCUUCAAAAUCUAAAUACAUAUUUUUAAGCAAAUAGAAUCUCUUGGCUAAAUAUUAUGCAUUUUAAAAAAAUCAUUAGGGGCCAAAUCUUCUCCCCAGACUUAUAACAAUCUUUUAAGGAAGGGUUCUGGCUUAAUGGCUAGAGCCUGGCUUCUACCAUCCACAAAACAAUGUUAGAGCCACUGUGUAACUACUGGUGCACUGUCCUUGCAGUGUGGAAGGGCAGCAGUCACUUGCUCAUCUCUUCUGGAGUUGUAUCAGAUUCUGCCCUCACCUUGCAUGCAGCAGAACUAUUCCAAUUCCACUGUCAGCCUGGUUUCUCUGCUACCCCAUAUGUACAAAAUUUCCCCUUUGAGGCAUGUUGUCAUGUGAAAUUGUAAAUCCCCAAACAGUUUAGGAGUUCUCUGUCAUACAUUUAAGUUAUUCCUGAGAUGCAUGGCCCAAAGACGCUCAAGCCCAUCUUUAUUUCCUUUUGAUCAUGUUUAUAUACAAGAGCUGUUUGCCCAACCACACAGCAUGCUGUACUACUGCUAGGGAUUUGACUGAAGCAGGUAGUAGGCAUUGCAGCUGAGUCUCCAUCUUGAACUCUUCCUUUAAGGUAUAGAAUAGUGCAGCUGGACUAGAUCUCUAUUUUGGGAACUCAGACAGUGCACCUUGAACUGCAGGGUUUGGGCAAGAUAAGUAUGUAGGCUUGCAGGAGGUGGGUAGCACAGAGCAGUUCACCUAUAAUGGGGAAGUAAAAUUCUCCUCAAGUCAGGUGCUCACUCUUAGAAGUCACUGUCUUCAAAUCAGGUGAGAUCUUUUUCCCUCCUGUUUCUGUGCCAAAACAAAUCCCUGCAUCCCUUCCAUAAUAUGCCCAGCUGAUGAGCACUUUUCAAGGAAGUGUAUGCCAUUUUGCUUUAAACACUGCUGUUCUGUUUACAUUUUCCUCCAGAAAUGGUCCCAUAUACACAGCACAAAUCUAAUAGAGCCCUUCUCAUAGUCCCAUGACAAAAGUUGCAGGAACAAGAUGUAUGUUCCUUGGCAUCUCUCAGGUCUCUGGCCUUCUGAGUAUCCAGCAUUACUUUUCUUUCUGUUGAGAGCAUUGCAGGGGUGGCAGAGACAGUGGCCCUGUAAUGCCCUGGAGCCAGUGUGCAUGUGAUAGAACCAGAUUCCAGUUCUGAAGGCCCUUGAUCAUCCAGGAGAAGUGCCUCCCCUGCUGUGUCCCUUCUGCCAGUGAGUCUCCCCAUUCUCUCCCCUAUUAGUGCUGCUUCCCAGGGGAUUGAUGCCAUAGAGGAGAGUUAAUGCUGCUGCUAGCACUGUAAUUUAUUAUUUACUGUGUGUGUUACUGUCGAAUGUAGGAGCCCACAGGAUGGAUCAGGACCUCUUUGUGUUAGGCACCAGAUAAGCACAGAACAGACUGACCGACUGCUGGCUUUUUGCAUAGCAAUCUGCUGUUACAGGAGGGCACUACAAUGCAGCAGGUGGCAGCUCCCAGCCCUGCCUUGGCUGGCCUGCCUACCUAAGUUCCUUUAGGGCUGUAUAAUGCACAAUAUGCAACCUUUCAAAAGCACCUAGAAAGGGGAACCCUGACAGACAACUGCCACUCCCCUCUUUUUUCUUCCCCCACCAUCAUUAUUCCCAUCUGUACUGUAGAGAAAUAGGCCCUGUACAAUGUGCCAGCUGUUAACAUGGCAAGGGAUGAGUAAGGAAUGGGAUUCUCUUGGUCAUGUGAAGACUGAAGGACCUGGAACUGUGUGCAGUGAGUAAGUUGCCUCUCACACCAGUGUCCCAAACCCCCAUCCAAGUGGCAAGGAUCAGUCCACUUUGCCUCCAUACCUCUUGAAACUGCCCAUAGUGCCCUGUUUAUGGUUUGAAUUUCAUAUCAGUAUCAGAAUAUAAAAACAAAAGCCUGUAAAUACUAUAUUUAUUAAUAUUUAGAAAGCUGCCAUCCCUUGAGCAAUGGGAAUUGACUUUCCCAUGAAGAUUUAAAAAGAAAAUUAGUCUUAUUUAUAUGUAUAUUGACUAUUAUUUUAUUAGACUUAAAGUUUUGUGCCCCUCAAGGUGAAACUUGGAGGCCUGCACUCUGUAGACAUUUUUAAAUGAAUUUCUGUUUAAAAGAAUGUGAGAUUAGCACAGGGAGCUCAUUUCCGGGUUUUAAAUCUUUUAUUUUUCUAACAGUGUUAAUAAGCCUAGGAUUGUUUUAAGUGUAUCAUAGGAGACCCAAAGGGUUAAACAAACAAACAGAAAAGCUGUUGACAGUGCAAUGGUCUUGUAUUUUGUAUAUGAACACAGUUGUUAAGAAUUCAAAGCCAGCUCAGCCUUGCAAAUAGAUGUGAUGAAAAUAGCAAGCAGGUCUUUUUUGCAGCCCCUUUGUGUAUAAAAUCUAAACUUUCUAAACAUUCAUAGUGACAAUAUUGCUUAUGGGUUUUUCAUUAAGUCCUUUAUUAAAAAAAACACAUUAAAUGGGGAAAAUAAAAUGCGUUUCCAUCAUA